GAGUGAUCCUAGCUUGUCAGAGCCAUGGUCAGAACGCUGAGAGGCAGUGAACAGCAGAGGUCUAACGUUAGCUCAGUUACUCAUUAGGACAGAGACAUUGAACUGUGAAGACGUUUUGCGGUGAACAUUUCCGAACGCAAAUGUUAACUUUCGGAUAGUACAGUUUGCUAGACUGUCUAGCGUUUCGGGGGCUAGCUUUCAGUUUACUUAGUGGUGUUCUGCGGUGGAAAUAGCAAAAAUGUCGUCUCCAAGUCCGGGUAAAAGGCGAAUGGAUACCGAUGUGGUGAAACUCAUUGAGAGCAAGCAUGAAGUCACCAUCCUCAGUGGACUCAAUGAAUUUGUAGUGAAGUUUUUCGGACCACAAGGAACACCGUACGAGGGAGGCGUGUGGAAAGUGCGAGUAGAUCUUCCUGACAAAUACCCUUUCAAAUCGCCAUCAAUAGGAUUCAUGAACAAGAUUUUUCAUCCCAACAUUGACGAAGCGUCAGGGACAGUGUGCUUAGAUGUCAUCAACCAGACAUGGACAGCCCUUUAUGAUCUGACCAACAUCUUUGAGUCGUUCCUGCCCCAGCUGCUGGCUUACCCAAACCCCAUCGACCCCCUGAAUGGAGAUGCAGCUGCCAUGUACCUUCACCGGCCAGAGGAGUACAAGCAGAAAAUCAAAGAGUACAUCCAGAAAUAUGCAACAGAGGAGGCUCUGAAGGAGCAGGAAGAGGGGGCAGGCGACUCUUCAUCUGAAAGCUCCAUGUCGGAUUUCUCAGAAGACGAGGCCCAGGACAUGGAGUUGUAGUGAUAGGAGGGCUCCCCCAUCCCGCCCCCUCCUUUAAACCCCACAGAGACUAUAUUUGAUUUCCUAACCAUGAGAAAGCAGACUUAUAAUAUUCAUAUUUAAACAAGUUGAUUUUUUUAUUAUUAUUAUUAUUACUACUAAACAAGGAUUUUUAUGGAUAUCUAGCCUUUGGUGUGUUUGACACCCCUACCAUUCUGUAGCUGUUUCUCCCUACACAGAUGUCGCGAUUGCUUUGACAUUCUCUCCCUGUCAUCUCCACAUUUUUAAGGUGUGUCAUGUAGUCGUAGGCAGGAAAUCUCCCGCGGACAUUUCAUUUCUGUACUCAGAUUUCACUUUUUAAAAGAUUACUUUCCAGUUUGACCUGAAUCCUAAUUUCCUUUCUUUUUCCACAAUGCUAAUUGACUCUGACCAACACUUUGUUAGUUCCUCCACUACACAGCUGCUUAGGUUUUGCUUGCCUGGGCGUACAGCUCUACAAUAUUAUCCUGUAGUCAAGACAGUAUUUUUUAGGCGCACAAUCACACACGAGGUGUCUUAACACACUUACAUAAAAAUACAAAAGUGUAGUGCCAAUAGACACUCAUAAAUCAACCCUGAAUGUCUCCUAAGCAUAUCUUUUUCAACAUAUUGAUUGAGACAUGUCAGUAGAAAAUAUUUAUUUCUUUCUCCUUCAGUUUGGAUGCUACCUAGACAUGUUACUUAACUUUUUGUUACUAUUUAUUGGCCUGCUGCAGCUGCCUGUCUACAUGUGCCGCUGUGCAGUGCAAAAUAAAUGCUUAACUAGGUCAGGUCUUGGGAAAACAAAUUAAUUAAAUACAGGUUUCAUUACAGGCUGAGUGACAAUGUGGUGACAAAGACGUGUCGUGUACUUUUGGUGUUGAUUUGUGGAACGUACACUAGCUGCAAGUGUAUGGAAGAUUUGUGCACAAAGGCAAUGAAGACAGAAAUGACUUUACUCAAAGGAUUUGUGGAGAUUCUGGUCAGAUUCACUUCUGGUCAGACCAGAGAUACCCUUUAACCAUCUGACCAUAUGGCUUUCAUAUUUCAUGCAGCUUGCGCCAGUUUUCUGUCAGGAGGCACCUCAAACACAUGAGCACCAAACAUUCUCAUUGUGCAGGAUGACACUUUCUUACAAUCACCUGUACUCCUGCUUUUAAAACAAAUUUGUAUUCGUAUUAUUGGUCAAGAACAACUUUCCAGGCACAGAAAGUAAUUAUCACCUAGUCUGGUGAAUUUAGAAAACCAGCACCAAAGUCAGUUUUAAUUUUAGUGAAAAGCAAAAAAAAAAAAAAAAAAAAAAAAAAAAAGGUCAUAUGAUUAUUGAGUGAAUCUGAGAAAAAGAGUGAUUUAUUGAAGAUUCAGGUUUGUGUGGUAUAGGUCCUCCUCACAUUCCACUGUUACCUGGUGUUUGCUCCAAUGCAUGCCCUUCAUAUUGUUCUGACCUGUGGUAUGAACCCCGACUGCAUCAUCUGGACUCCUGGACUUUAUUACUGCCUACCAGGAUCUCUAUUUGGAUCAUGAGUUUGAAGAAGGUUACAAAAUAAGAGCCCAGUACAUGACAAUUAGGCUUCUGGCAAUUUUCGUUGAGGGGAAUUAAUUUAACAUUAAUUUCAUAUGUACAGAUUUGACUUCUUAUCUAUACAAAAAAAACAACCUCUGGUGUUAAUCAUUGUUGAUUUUGGCAGGUUAAGAUGUAAAUCCAUGAUGCGUGGAAAGAGAAUGCAAUCGCAGCUUUGAUUUUUGGAUGUUUUUUCUUCUUUUAUUUCUUGUACAUUUCUUGCUCGAUGGGGGGGUCUACGCUUUUGGAUCUUUUUUUUUUUUUAUAUAUGUACAGCAUCUACCUUGUACAGUGAUAAGACACCUCUCUGUAGCCUCAUGAAAACUCAGUGUUAAACCCAGAACACUGAUUGAGUGUUGCUUGUCGAGGCUAACAUGGCAGUCAAACUACCUAGAAAACCUUGAAAUGUAUUCAUAGAUUGCAGUAAGAAUCACUGGUUGCUUUGUGGCAGAUUGUGGAUCCUGAGUGGGAGAUUCAAGGCUGAAUCGUACUCGGGAGGUCACCUUAUCACCUCUGAUCUCAACUCCCUCUUCUGUGCCUCAUCACAAAAGGCAAGUGACCAUUGAAGAAGUCCCCAAAAACCAUGUUUCCAAAAAGCCAUGAAGGUCAAAAGUAACAAGAAAAGCACAUUGUUUUUACUCAUCCUGCUUUUAUUCUCCUCUUCCUGCAAUUUGAUCCUGUGUAAUUUGUGAUUUGACAUCUAAAUGUUCAAUCUGUUGCAGAUUAGGGGAGUAACCAAGGGCUGAGUGGCACUGGGUUUAUUUGAGCUAAUGUAGGAUUGUUAGACUUUCAUGGCUCAGGUUUGAAAUACAGUUUGGUUGUAUCUUGCAUAGUGAUUAACAUUUUCACCCGGGACGUACUGAAAGGAUGGAAAUCAUGCUAAUAUUUGUUGAACUGUGUUUUUGACAUGUCAGGAUAGUUAGUUUUGCGGGGUGUUGACUUCAACUGAACAACAUAUGCUAUAUGGCUGUAUUACAGAUAGUUAGCUAGUUUGGUAUACUUACCUGAAAAAGCAUUCAUUGCUCAUCUGAUUUUUAGUUAGUGUCUGUUGUGUGGUUAUAUGUAAGAUACUCCAUAGACAUGCCUGCUUGUCCUCUUCUUGCAGAUUCAGAGUUGUACAGAUGAGUGUGAGUGAUUUCAAACUAGGGUGAUGUUUGACCUGUAGUGAGCCUGAUGGUUCUAACUGUACAGAAAUCAAAAGUGUGGUUCAGCCCUUUUCAAGAGAUUGGAUUUCUCCAAAAACAUGAUUUAAAACACAAUUCCAUGCUCAUAAUUAUACCCACAUUUGAAUGCAGAUUUAGAACAGAGACACGUAAUUUGUUUUUAAUUUCUGAAAGAGUUUGGCUGUUUAAAGCUAUGGGAUGAUAAUUUCUCUCAUCCAGCCCGGGGAAGUUUUGAAUGUUACCUCGGGGGUUAGCUGCCAGCAAGAUGCAGCCAUUUUAACUGCUGCAGAGCUAACAUUUGUGAUAUUCAACAUGUUCAAGGUAGUAUAAAGCUAUGUGAAUGUUUUACAUGUGUUCAGAGUGUUUGUGGUGAAAUUUGUGAUCCACAUCCACUCCAACAGAACAAACCUGCAAAUUGUAUGCAAAUCCCCACUCUCACAAUUGGCUUGUGUUUUCUCCCUAAGCUGCCUAUAAAUGUAUUUAUUCAUUAAAGAGACCUCAUUUUUUUUUGUUUUUAAUCUUGGUUAUCAGGCACCACUAUUGUAAGUUAUGGUUCAGCUAAAUUAUCACACUGAUGACAACUUGAUCUUAAGUUUUUUGUUUUAAGCAAUUAAGAUUAGAAUUCUUGUUUUACUUUACAUUUGUGCAGUAUUGUACUUGAGUGCUGAAAAUACAGUUUGUCCGAGUUGACAAUUGUAAUAAAAUAGCACAUUAUGAUGCAGUGGUGCAACAGGGAACUAAUGAUAUUUUUGUCUUUUUCAAAAACAAGACUCUUGUUAAAAUCAUAGAUUUGGUUUUCAGCAUAUUUUGCAUCUGCUGGGCAAUAAAUUGAUGAUAUACUCAGCUGUGGCCUGGUGUUGAUCUGGUAAACAUGACAACCAUCUGAUCUUUUCAGUGGCUUCCCUGGUUCCCAUCUGUUUUUUACUUCCCACGCUUACUUUUUCGAUGUCAAGAGACAUAAUUACGGCCUUUGUGUUUCAGGUUGUCUUCAUUUCGAGUCAAGAACUUAAAAAAAUGUCCACAAACCAGUGAAUGAUUAUGCUUCCCAUGGCAUCUUAAAUUCUAAAUUAUUUUUGAAAACAUGUUUAUUGUGCUUUUAUUUAAUUUCCUUUUGGCUUUCUCCCCUCCCCCAUUUCUGUUCGAAGACCACAUAAAACAAUAUCUUAACAACCACAGUUUUAAACAGUCCAGACAACCACAUUAACAUGAUGGGAUUGAUCGGCCUCAAAAUUCUAAUUGCAAACCUGCAGAGAAAGUCCAGUUCAGACUCAUAGCCCCACAAUCGUACGCACACUCCCCCACACCCUGCCGGAUACUUUAAGAACGAAGGGUCUCAGCUGAGUGAAUGGACUGGUCUAUCAUUAAUCCAUAGACAGGGCAUCCAGGGUCCAUUCUCCUAUUUUAUCAGCACAGCCGCAAAGAGCCAGCACCCUGAUCCUGUAAUAUCACUUCCCCUUGUGUGUUGACUGUGUCUCUUUGUGCACUUGCAUGCUUCUGGUGUGCAGUCGAGGCUCGCUUGGUGCACACCUCCCAUUCUGUCUUGUGCUUGUGUGGAUUUGUGCCCUAUACUGGCCUACUGCUGUCAUCAGGGGAUUUAACAGGCACACACAGCAUGGAAAAUGGCAGUUUGUUUUGUUUUUUUAAUAGAAACUAUGUAUUUGUCACCUAGUGUGUGAUACUUAAGGGUUACAAAGUCAAAAGGUUUAUUUUUUGUUUUGAAAAGUCCAUCCUUGGUCUUAUUUUUAUCACCCUCUUUGCCCUCCUUUUCCUGUUUUUUCUUUGCAUUGUGAAGUGGGCAUGCUUGUCAAAAAGACAAAAUGCUCUCUAUUAAUAGGCUUAUAACCUCAUAAAUAGUUGUGUAUAAAAUAAACUGUUAUAACUUCUUUUUUAAUAAAACAUUCAAUGUGUAUAAAA